CUUGUGCGCGCCGCCGCGUCUGUCACCUGACUGAUCACGGCCACCAUUUCCGGCAGCUAACUGGACCGCACCAAAUUCGUUCCGCUUAGGUCACUGUUGUUUUCUCUGUCAGCCGUGACACAUGGCAGAAACAGUGGUAGAUACCCGCCGCCUGCACAGCAAACCCCAGAACCUGAACGACGCGUACGGGCCGCCGAGCAAUUUCCUGGAAAUAGAUGUGAGCAACCCCCAGACGGUCGGGGUGGGCCGGAACCGCUACACUACUUACGAGGUCCGGCUGAAGACUAACCUGCCAAUUUUUAAACUGAAAGAAUCGAGUGUCCGCAGAAGAUAUAGCGAUUUUGAAUGGCUAAGGAGUGAACUUGAAAGAGAAAGCAAGGUUGUGGUGCCCCCUCUACCUGGUAAAGCUCUUAUGCGACAGCUACCAUUCAGAGGAGAUGAAGGAAUCUUUGAUGAUUCUUUCAUAGAAGAAAGAAAGCUAGGGCUUGAGCAAUUUAUAAACAAAGUUGCAGGCCACCCUUUGGCACAGAAUGAACGUUGCCUUCAUAUGUUUUUACAAGAUGAAAUAAUAGACAGGAAUUACACACCAUCCAAAAUCAGACAUGCUUGACACCUGGAAGCAAGUGAAAUCCUCUGACUGUAAAACAUUAUUUUAUUAUACUGUUGGCAUGUUACAAUCUGCUGUAAUAAAUGUAACAUACUAACCUCUCUCUUACUUUACAAUGUUACUUUGAAAUUUCAGCUCUGGAAUUGGGUGCAAUUGCCACUGAAGUAUAUGAUCACACACACACUAAACCUCAAGAGGUGCUUGGACAGGAUUCCCUGAUGUCAAUUGUAAUCUCUGCUUUGAUUUUUUUUUUUUUUUUUUUUUAGUUUGUGCUCAAAAACCAAAUUGUUUUUAAACAUGCCCAUGUUUUACAGCAUGUGUUUAUAGCACCAAGAUAAAGAGUCAGACUGUGACAAGAGGCUUGUGUUCAGAGAGUAUUGUAAAAGAAGUCAUUCAUGAUGGAUGGACAGCAGUGUUAAGAGUUGUAUUCAGUUGUGUUCAGGUCUUCCAGGACAGGUCCAUCUCUGGGUUAUAAAGCUUGCCUGACAUGAGCCCCUCACACUGAGAAAUGUGAAAAUCCUUUAUUAUAGUUAGUUGUCUUGCAUCAGGAGUCUUACGGCAUCUUUGGCAGUCAUUUCUCCCGUCCUUUGUCUGUGGGUAAUGUCUUAUUGUUUUGUCAUUCCUUCUCUUCUACUGUUUAUUGUUCGUGUUUAUCGUGAUCUGUUUUGUCAUUUGGAAAGUCAUCAUACAAUUUCUGCCUUUUUUCGAGCUAAGGACUUGGAUGAAAUCCUGUUUAUGUUGAGAACCAAGAUCACUUUUCGGUAAUCACUGAUUUGAUUGUAAUGGAUGCUCCACUAUAGUUGCCUUUUUUCUUUUUAUCAUAAAAGCUGCUUUCACCUUGGCAGUGAUGCUACUUGUGGGAUUACUGGCGUUUUUGUUUUUAACUGGAAAACAAUAA